AUGGCGGCCACUUGUCUGAAGCCAUCUGAAUAUCGCGGGGGCAAAAACACCGCUGUUGCUGGGCGAUUGGUGAUCUGGACUCGGCGGGAACUGUCUGCCAAACAGCCCAGUCAAGGACAUGGACAGCCGAAAGGCAAAAAAGGCAAGUGGGGCAAAGGCGCCUCGUCCUCUGAGUCAAACGUCGCGCGCAAGGUAGAGGCCCAUUUGGCAGCCAAUGGCAAUCCAACAGAAGUUCUCUACAUCGAGGCAUGGGGUGAGAUCGGUAACAAGCUCUUGCAGCUCUGCCAG